CCUCCCAUCCAAAUCUGUUAUCCAUCCUUACACGAAGGCAAUCUGAAAUCAGGAAAACAGAGGAUAAAAAUGGAAUCUUUACACAAAUUGAAGAUCUUAGCAAUGCUUGUUUUGGUAGCAUUGUUUCAAUUAGGGCAAGGAUUCUAUCUCCCCGGUAGCUACCCUCACAAGUAUGGAAUUGGGGAUUAUUUGAAUAUGAAGGUCAAUUCCUUAACUUCCAUUGACACAGAAAUCCCCUUCAGCUAUUACAGUUUGCCAUUCUGUCAGCCUAAAGAGGGCAUCAAGGAUAGCGCGGAGAAUCUCGGUGAGCUCCUAAUGGGCGACCGGAUAGAGAACUCUCCAUACCGGUUUAAGAUGUAUUCGAACGAGACCGACAUUUUCCUUUGCCAAACAAAGCCUCUGUCAGCCCAUGAGUUCACCCUUUUGAAAAAAAGGAUUGAUGAAAUGUACCAAGUGAAUGUGAUUCUUGAUAAUUUACCUGCAAUUAGGUACACUAAGAAGGAUGGUUUCAUGAUGUGGUGGACGGGCUAUCCCGUUGGCGUCAAGGUGCAGGACACGUACUACGCGUUCAACCACCUCAAGUUCACGGUUCUUGUUCAUAAGUACGAGGAGACUAAUGUCGCUCGUGUCAUGGGCACUGGCGAUGCGGUGGAGGUGAUCUCCACCGUUGAGAAUGAGGCGUCCGAUGCGCCUGGUUACAUGGUUGUCGGUUUUGAGGUGGUUCCGUGUAGCUUUCGCCACAAUGCUGAUGCUAUGAAGAAGUUGAAGAUGUAUAGCGGUUAUCCAUCUUCGAUUAGCUGUGAUCCCGGGACUGUUGCUAUGGAGAUUAAGGAGAAUGAGCCGGUGGCGUUUACGUAUGAGGUCUCGUUUUUGGAGAGGGAUAUCAAGUGGCCGUCGAGGUGGGAUGCGUAUUUGAAGAUGGAGGGGGCUAAGGUGCAUUGGUUCUCAAUUCUCAAUUCUCUAAUGGUUAUCACUUUCUUGGCCGGUAUCGUGCUUGUGAUAUUUCUGAGGACUGUGAGGCGGGAUCUUACGCGAUACGAGGAGGUGGACAAGGAGAGCCAAGCGCAUAUGAACGAAGAGUUGUCGGGAUGGAAGCUUGUCGUGGGUGAUGCCUUUCGUGCGCCUACUAAUCCGUCCCUUCUUUGUGUCAUGGUUGGAGAUGGAGUGCAGAUUCUUGGAAUGGCGGUUGUGACGAUCUUGUUUGCUGCUCUCGGGUUUAUGUCCCCUGCCUCCCGGGGGACUUUGAUUACCGGGAUGAUUUUCUUCUACAUGAUUCUUGGCGUCGCAGCUGGCUAUGUUGCGGUUCGUUUGUGGAAGACUAUCUGGUGUGGCGAUCACAAGGGAUGGAUUGGAGUGUCGUGGAAGGUCGCGUGUUUCUUCCCGGGAAUCGCUUUCCUUAUACUCACUGUUUUGAAUUUUCUGCUAUGGGGUAGUCAUAGCACAGGAGCUAUCCCUUUGGCAUUGUUUGUUGUUUUAAUAUUGCUGUGGUUCUGCAUCACUAUCCCGUUGACUCUCGUAGGCGGUUACUAUGGUGCAAAAGCGGGUCAUAUUGAGUAUCCUCUCCGAAGCAACCAAAUCCCGCGAGAAAUCCCAUCUCAGCGGUACCCCUCCUGGCUUCUGGUGCUUGGGGCAGGCACACUUCCGUUUGGGACGCUGUUCAUCGAGCUCUUCUUCAUAAUGUCGUGCCUGUGGAUGGGGCGUGUGUACUACGUGUUCGGAUUCCUUUUCGUUGUGCUGAUGCUUCUAGUGGUGGUGUGUGCAGAGGUGUCGUUGGUUCUAACGUACAUGCAUCUUUGCGUGGAGGACUGGAGAUGGUGGUGGAAAUCGUUCUUCGCCUCUGGCUCGGUUGCUAUGUACAUCUUCUUCUACUCGCUGAAUUACCUCGUGUUUGACCUCAAGAGCUUGAGUGGACCUGUCUCCGCAACGCUCUACAUUGGAUACUCGCUCUUCAUGGCCCUCGCUGUGAUGCUUGCGACUGGCACGGUUGGCUUCCUUUCGUCGUUCUGGUUCGUGCAUUAUCUCUUUUCCUCGGUGAAGCUCGAGUAGACCAUCUCCUCACUGCAAAGGAUCAGGGCCACACCAGCACAUUUUUUCAUUUCUUGGCUUCUCUUCUUUUUUUGCCUUCUAAAGGAGUUGGUUAACCAAGAAUAACUAACAUUUCUUGGAAUCCAUAUAUGUUAAAUUUUUUAUUUUAUUUUUAAUAAUGAAUGAAUCCAUCAUG